CUGUAUCGGUUUGAUUUUAGGUUCGAGGUACCAAACGACACGUUGGUUCGCCCAUCCGGCCGGCACCAAGGGUUGAACACACCCAUCUUCAAAGUCGAAUACUGUUCGUCUCCGUUCGGCGUCAAAGUCAUUCGACUGUCCACCGGCAAAGCGAUCUUCGACACUUGCGCACAGCGGGACUUUGCAUUUGCCGACCAGUUUCUGCAGCUGACCGUGAAAUUGCCUUCAGACAACGUUUACGGAUUUGGUGAGCAGACGGCACACCGGUUCAAGAGAGACAUGAACUGGAGGCGAUGGACGAUGUGGGCACGUGACGAGGGAGUCUGGAACAACAGUUACAACCUGUAUGGGGUGCAACCGUUCUACCUGUGUCUUGAGGAUGAGGCUGGCAAUAGCCACGGUGUACUUUUGGCGAGUUCCAACGCGAUGGAGGUCGUGCUGCAACCGUCGCCUGCCAUAACAUGGAUUACGAUCGGGGGCAUUUUGGACUUUUACGUAUUCCUUGGCUCAACUCCCGAUUCUGCUAUCCAGCGGUACGUCUCCGCCAUCGGCAGACCAAUUUUGCCACCGUACUGGGCUCUUGGCUUUCAGCUUUGUCGCUGGGGUUACCAGGGCACGAGGCACAUCGAAGAGGUCGAGAAGAGAAUGCGCGACUACGGCAUCCCGCUCGAUGGUCAAUGGGUAGACAUCGACUAUAUGUACAACUACGAAGAUUUCACGUACGACCGUUGUUCGGAGAAAUGGCGAGACUUGCCAUCUCUGAUUGAACGCAUUCACAGCAUGUCGAUGAAAUUUGUACCGAUUCUUGAUUCAGGAAUCGCCGCCAGAUCCGACGGUCCGUGCAACACUACUUAUAGCGUUUUUCCUGACGGGCUGACCAGCGGCGUGUACGAGAUCGAUUUUGAUGGAAUAUGGAUCGACAUGAACGAACCGUCGAACUUCAACGAUGGUAACAACUAUGACAAUCCUAACGCUCACCAGUGCCGGCACAACAAUUGGAAUUAUCCGCCAUACACACCCCCCGUUGACAGCUAUCAGGUUGCCGGUCUUUUCGGCAAGACGCUGUGCAUGGAUGCCAAGCAAUUCAUCAACAUACACUAUAAUCUGCACAGUCUAUACGGACACUCAAUGAGCAAGGCGACUAAUAAUGCGUUGUCAGAAAUCAUGAAGGACAAACGGCCAUUCAUCCUAACCCGUUCGAAUUACGUAAGCACUGGUCACUACGCGUUUCACUGGCUUGGCGAUAACCAGGCGCUGUGGCCGGAAAUGCGGUGGUCGAUUGUCGGUAUGCUCGAGUACAACCUGUUCGGCAUAAACAUGGUCGGAUCGGAUAUCUGCGGAUUCGUGUUCAACACGACGAAACCUCUGUGCCAGCGGUGGACGCAUUUGGGCGCUUUCUACCCAUUCAGUCGCAACCACAACAUCAACGGCGGGACGGACCAGGACCCGGCAUAUUUUGGACCCCAGUUCGCGAGGUCGGCUGGCAAAAUUUUGCACGAACGCUAUCGCCUAUUGCCUUACAUGUAUAGCCAGCUGUUCGCCAGCCACACAAACGGUUCGGCCGCUGUUCGAGCGUUGUUCUUCGAGUUCCCGGGCGAUCGUGACACGUGGCCGAUCGAGGACCAGUUCUUGUGGGGGAGGUGGUUGAUGAUCAGUCCUGUGCUGGAAGAGGUGUCGAGUAGACAGGUCUACUAUCCAGACGCCCGAUGGUACGACUACUUUACUCAUGAAGCUCGCGCAGAGAGGAAGCAGAAUAUCACGAGAGCGUGCGAUGAGGAUUGCAUCAUAGUCGACGUCAGAGGCGGCGGCAUCAUUCCGAUGCAGACGCCCAGCUUGACGACCACCGAGAGCCGUCGAAACCCUAUGCAGCUGUUAGUGGCUUUGGACGACCGCCAGUUGGCCAGCGGUUUUCUGUUCUUGGACGAUGGCGAGUCGACCGCGGUCUACAACAACAAUUACACGUUGGUCCAAUUCGAGGUCAAGUCCAAAAAUGAGCAGUCCACUUCGUUUGCCUUAACGUGCUCUGUCGAGAAAAGCAAUCAGUACUUACACCGCACUCUUGUGAACGAGGUUUUGAUCAUGGGAGUCAAAUCGACGCCGACCUUCGACGACCCUACAGUGAAACCCGAAUACAACGAGUCCAAGCAUUUCCUACGUUUAGCUGUGUCGUUUACCUUAAACGACUUGUCACGAAAAGAAAUCGUGUGGCACUUGAAGUAA